GUAGAUGAAAGUUCUCUCACUAAAAGCAAAGACAGUGAAUGGACCAGACCUCAGGCAGUGGACACCAUUAGCCCUCACACCCUAGGUCGCAUCUCUGUAGUGUUGCUUCUAGACAGCCGAUGUGGUGUUCUUGUUGCCAAGCAAUCUUUACAGAACAUCCCCCACAGGAAGACUCAGGAGGUUUUUGCCAAGCACUUAAAAUCUUUAGGUCACAAAUCCCUGAACCCAUACUUUAGAGAUGAGGGCAUUGACUUUUUCUAUCUGGCAAAGAAUGACAUCUUUUUGGUAGCAGCCCACCCUUCACCUGAAGAGGAUGUCCCAAUAUCUAUAGUUGUAUACUUAGACUUUCUGCAGAGACUUUAUGAAGUUCUAAAAGAUUGUAUUGGAACUGUUAAUGAACCAUACAUCACAGUCAACAGAAUGUUGAUUUUUGAAAUUUUGGAUGAAAUGUUGAAUUUCGGCUACUGCUUUGUAUCUUCUUAUAAUGAAAUAAAACAAAACUUGACCUUUGAGCCCAUCAGACCAAAGAUUCCACAACAAGAUGAUCUUGCUUUAAGAUUUUUUGGCAUCAAUGUCAUGGAUGGGUCAAGGGUUACCACUGGACCAUCAGAACCCAAAAACAAAGCUCCCAAUAGUGCUUACAUUAACAUAGUAGAAGGGCUGUCUGCAGUUUUUGAUGCCAGUGGUGAGUUACGCAGCUCUGAGUUGUGGGGGAAACUUACUCUAAUCAGCACUCUCCUGGUCCCAGCACCAAUUACAAUUGAGUUGAACUCUGACCUUGUGGUGAGAACCUCUGGCCUACCAGAGGGUCAAGUUGCUGGUGCCACUCACAUAGAAAAUCCAAGUUUUCAUUCUUGUGUUGAUUCAUCACAGUUGAAUAGAAAGAAAGUUCUGCGAGUGUUACCUCCCCCUGAUCAGACACGUUUGAUGGUAUACACACUCUCAGACUCCGCCUGCAUUCAUAUUCCACUUCUGGUCAUUCCCUCACUGUUAGCCAUUGACGGAAGCCGUGAUCAAAAUUUCUCACUACGCCUCAAAAACCAAGCAGAAAGUCACACAACAGCCUCUUAUGUGCGGGUCAAGAUAAAACUUCCAGCUUGUGUAAGCAGUAUCUCCACCACCAAAUCAGGAGAGCGCCAGUCCAGUCAGUAUCACAGCACUGAGAAGAUAGCUGAAUGGGAGAUCAAAAAGUCCCCUGGUGGCACAGAAGAGAAAAUCACAUUCAGGUUGAUAAACAACACAGACCGAGCCAUUAAUUUAGCCGACAUUGGACCCAUCUCUGUAGCAUUUAACAUCACCAACUUCUCCGCCUCAGGCCUUGUGGUCAGGAUGGCUCGGGUGGAAGGCCAGGCGGAGCCGAUGAGCCAAACACCUGAAUGUUACUUUGGUGUCUCCACCAAGUCUGCCUCGUACACCGUGAGAACAGACCUCACUAGAACAGUUACCUCCCCUGCUUCUAGCCUGGCUAGUUUUACAACAUGAGAGGUGGGAGACGUCACGAUCAUGACAUGCAUCACUGUCUACAGAUGACACAUGACAUUGUUAUCAGAUGACACAUAUCAGUGUCAUCACACAUCUUUUCAAUAAAUGCCACAACACAGUCACCAGAUGACACACAGUAUUGUUACUAGAUAUAACAUGGCACUGUUGCUAGAUGUCAUUAGAUGACACACAGUACUGUCAUUAGAUAACAACACUGUUGUUAGGUUACACACAAGUUAGUACAAAAUUGGCAUUAGAUGAUACACCUGUCUUUAGAUGACACACACUACUUAAACUGGAUGACAUAUGACAGCUGUCAUUAAAUGGUAACUUGAUGCUAGAACUGUCUUUGAAUGUCCCAUUGGUGAAUGGACAUUUGUUAUAAUAGACAAAUUAUACAAUACUUAAAAGCAUGUGCAAUACAAAAUGUAUGUAACUUUCAUACAGAGAUGUAUUCAUUUAUUAAGAUGUUGUCCUUAUUGUUAUCAAU